UCCAGCUAAGAGAGCCAGCACCGAGCAGAGGCAGUGGAUGUGAGCACAGGAGAGGCAUUGACUGCAAAGCACACACAUACACAGAAGAAGAAGAAGAAGAAAAAAACGGCUAAUUUCACGUGCACGGUGCAGAAGACCUGGAUUGAUAGGCAUUUGACGCUCUGCAGCUUGAAGACGUGGGAGAAAAAGACUGGGGGAUUCAAGGAGCUGCGUGGAGUGAUGAUCGGGCUAUGUGUGCACUGGCUGUUUGAUUGCUGUCCUCAGACCACUUAGCCACUUUGCUGUGGUGCUGUUGCAGGCCUCCAGCCUUGCAGUCACAGUGACUGACUGACACAGAAUGAGCUCCAAGCACACCUCCGAUUGGAUUCCCUACAGCACUUUAGAUGACGAGGGCACCAAUCUCCGACAGCAGAAACUUGAUCGACAGCGAGUACUUCUUGAGCAGAAGCAGAAGAAGAAGCGUCAGGAACCACUGAUGGUCCAGUCCAAUGUGGAUGGACGAUCUCGCACACGCCGUACCAAACAGAGUGAGGAGCAGGCUCCAUUGGUGGAAUCCUACCUCAGCAGUAACAGCAGCACCAUUUACCAUGUGCAAGAAGCCAAGCAGGAGGAGGUGAAGGUUAAACCCGACCCACAGCCGCCUCGCUCUGCAAAGAAGGGCAGAGCGUCCGCCAGCUCCACUCCUCAAACAGGCAGUGACAAGAAGGAGAGGAAGGGGAAACACAAAGGGAUGGACAGCCUGGCCUGCCAGUCAGAGGACGGUCAGAUCCACAUCUUAACAGUAGGUCACUCUUCAGCAGAGGAGGGCGAGGGCGAACCUGUCAUGAGCUGCACUCAGUCACAGAGCAAACAGGACCUGAGAGUGACGAUGCUCAAAAAAGGCAUAUCCAGCAGUAUGAAUUUUGACGAAGAAGAAGACGACGAGGAUGAAAUUAGUUCCACUUCUUCACAGCUCAACAACAACACAAGACCAGGCUCUGCCACCAGCAAGAAGUCAUGCAAGGAGGUUGCAUCAGCACCAACACCACCCGUCACUGAACUCGCCAUUGAUGUAGACGACCUUGAGGAGUUUUCAUUGCGACCUGCACCGCAGGGGGUCAGAGUGAAGUGCAGGAUCACAAGGGAUAAGAAAGGCAUGGACAGAGGAAUGUAUCCUACAUAUUACCUUCACCUGGAGAGAGAGGAUGGCAAGAAGGUGUUCUUGUUAGCAGGAAGGAAGCGAAAAAAGAGUAAAACAUCCAAUUACCUCAUCUCCAUUGAUCCUACUGAUCUGUCCCGAGGUGGAGAGAGCUUCAUCGGUAAAUUGAGGUCAAACCUCAUGGGGACCAAAUUUACGGUAUAUGACAGUGGUCUGAACCCUAUGAAGACCACCACCAGCCUAGAAGACAGCAAUAUGCGCCAGGAGCUGGCAGCCAUUUGCUAUGAAACUAAUGUCUUAGGAUUUAAGGGACCUCGGAAAAUGAGCGUCAUCAUCCCUGGAAUGAAUAUGGACCAUGAGAGAGUUUCGAUUCGCCCACGAAAUGACCAUGAGUCAUUGCUGGCACAGUGGCAGAUCAACAACACAGAGAGUGUCAUUGAACUCCAUAACAAAACCCCAGUGUGGAAUGAUGAUACACAAUCAUAUGUGCUCAACUUUCAUGGCAGAGUUACUCAGGCCUCUGUCAAGAAUUUCCAAAUCAUCCAUGACAACGACCCUGACUACAUCGUGAUGCAGUUUGGCCGUGUAGCGGAGGAUGUCUUCACCAUGGACUAUAACUACCCAAUGUGUGCCCUUCAAGCCUUCGCCAUAGCCCUCUCCAGCUUUGACAGCAAGUUAGCCUGUGAAUAAGACCAAGUGCUCCGUGUGUCGUCUCGUCAAGGGCUGUUCACGUACCCCCGGGGCUGGUGUGAGAUAUCCAAAACACCCUGGAAAUCCUGCGUAUUCCAAAAUGCUUUGUGGGUAUCAAGUUCUGUGUGUGUGGGGGAGCAGGGUGGAUGUUUGGUGAAACACAUGAAGCACAAAGCGUAAUCAGCUUUCAAGAUGAAAUACAUGAAAACAUUUUGCAAUGUGCUGGCACUCUAAAGAACUCCUCUUUCUUUGUGUGCUAACUAGAGAUGUUUAACAUUAUUUACUUGUUACUAAUACUAUUUCUGACUUGGCUAAAUUUUAUGUGUCACCACAAUAACCCAAUGACAAAAAAACACAUUACUUCAAGCAUGAACACGUCUUACACAGUUUUUAGUUUCAAAAUAACAUGCAUGUGAAAGGCUAUUUAUUUUUUGUUAUUUAUGUAUUUAUUACAUGUUGAUUUUUGUUCUUUGGACAGUAUUGGCUCUGCGGAGCUGCAAGCACAUGGAGGACGAAGUAUUUGAAGGAAACUAGUGGACACAAGCAGGGCAAAGGCAUGUGACACUGUGCUGUGUACUUUGCAAUAGUGUGGGUCACAUACAGUAUGUGAAUGUAACGAAGUAACGGUGCACUUUAAUUUAAAUCCACUAGUGGAUGAGACAUAGCUGUACAUGGUUUCUUGUGCCUUUUCAACACUAACGGCAGUGUUACCAUUUUGGCUGUAGAAUGAGCUGAGCCUGUUCUUGCUAUUGAGUCAUCAAACGACACAAAUGAUGAGAAACCUAAAUAUAUGAACCACAUCCACAUGAAUACUGUAAUAUUGUUUUGCUUAGGGAUUAGAACACUGCAUUACAGUCAGCUGUAACUUGUGACUGCUGGGUCUCAUUUGAAUUGCAUAUCCCAUCUAUUAGCAUCUUUAAACUAUUUUUAUACUCAUGUGACAGUUUGGUAAAUUCUUCUUUUAAAUCUCGGAUUCCGCAAUUGUUGUGGAUCCUAAAAAGAUCUUUAUCAGAUGUGCUAUUCUUGUACUUUAACUGUGCUCUAUUAACUAUUUUGGAUUUCUAUUUGAAUACUUGAUACGUUUCGCUGUGAAGUCUGCUUUUCGUAUGUGUUCAAGAUAUCUUGCUGCUUCUUUCGCUUUCUGUUUUGCUCUUGUGAUGUACAGUAAAUAGUUAUGUGAUGGUACUGUAGACAGUCUUCUUUGAUUAGGACAACGAACAUGAAUAAAAUAUU